AUGAAUUCCCUCUCUCAUCAUCAUCAACAAGAUGUAAUACUGGAUCAGGCUUCUUCGGCACCUCCUUUUAUUAGAAUUGUGGAAGGUGUUGUACAACAAUUACUGGAUCAAGUUUCGGAUUGUUUUGGACCGAAUGCAAAUGUUCGGGAGAAAAUUAUUGUAGACUUGUCCCACAAGAAGCAACAACAACCAAAAUAUUUAUCAUCUGAAGGAUCAUUUAUUUUGCAACAUUUAACGGUUAGACAUCCUGUGGGAGUGAUGAUCAUGAAAGCAGUGAAACAAUUGCAUGUGGGAUGUGGAGAUGGAACGAUUAGUUUUUUGAAAUUGUUAUUGGAGUUGACUCGAGGAGCACAUGAACUGAUGAAGAGUUCCGUAGAACCCAUGAUGAUGAGUGAAGUAUUGGUCAAACUCGAAAAGUUUUGUGUGAAUGAAAUGAAAAAGUUUGGCUUUAAUUUGCUUGUCAAUGAGAAGAAUGAGCAAAUUGAUUUAUCAAGCAUUAAGAACAAUAAGGAUAUUCUUUCAUUGAAAAUUCGACUUCAUUCAGGAAAGGUCAGAGAACUCUUAAAAACGUUUCUCUCAACAAAAUUGAGUGAAAAAGAGACACAACUGUUGAUGGAUGUUUGUCUGAAAGCUUCAUCGACACUCUACGAGAAUUUGACCAUUCACGAAAUGAAAAAUUUGCAAUUCAAUCCCAAUUUUCACAACAUUCAUGUCCUUGCUCUCACAUCACUCAGUGGGAAAGCUGAGUACUUUGAAGGUUUGGCAUUUGAACAUGGGCUGCAACAUCCCUACAUGUUGCGUCAACGUGAAAGUUGCAAAAUUGUUGUGCUAUGUGACAUUCCUCUGGAAUUGAUUAAAGAAAAGAAGAAGAAUGAGUUUCGUACUGCAGAAGAACGACUACAAUUAUUGAGAAAUGAAAGAGCAAAAAUCGAUCAACAGAUUAAUCAUAUCAUUAAGAGUGGUGUUGGUGUUGUUGUUUCCAACGAUGCCAUGGACGACAUUAGUUUGGACAGAUUUUGUAAGAAUGGAAUUAUUGCAUUGAGACAUGUACGACAGGAUAUUUGCGACAAAAUAUGUGAACUCACUUCCAGUACUAAGGUAUAUUCAUGCGAACAGGAAAUUAAGGAAGAAUACUUGGGCUCUCUUUCAAAAAUUAGAAUUGAGGAAGAUCAUAGACAAACUGAAUCUACAGUAUACAUUCAAGGAAAUGUCACAAAUGGCUCAACAAGUAGAAUUGGUACUAUCAUUGUUCAUACAGCCAAUGUUAUCACUCAACAUAGGUACAUUCGUAUCAUUAAGGGAGCGCUAAAAAUUCUAAGAAACUCUUACGAAGAUUGUCUCAUUGCCCCUGGCGGAGGUUGUUUGGAAAUGAUGCUCGCUAGUCGAAUUCGUGAAAUGUGCUCACUCACUACUGAAUUGAGUUCCACUGAACAAUGCAUUUAUGAAAUGUUUGCCAACUCACUCGAAUCAUCGAUUCCUGCUUCUCUUUGCGAAAAGAGUGGUUUCAAUGUGAACCUUGUCAUGCGGAAAUGGAAAGUAUUGACUCAACAAGCGGUGUCUAAUAAGAACUCCUCUACACAAACAUCACGAUUGUGUACUUUAAAUUGUUUGAAAUAUCCAGCCGAAUUUGUAGAUCCUCUCCAAUUGGGCAUUUGGGAUUCUAUGAGAGUGAAAAUUCAAUCUCUCCAUCAAGCUGUCGAAUUAACAUGCAGUCUCAUCAAAAUUAAUUCCAUUCUCACCUCUCCAGAUCUUAAAAAAGAAUCACAAGAAAAACUCAAUCAAACAUUGAAUCAAUUAAUGAUGGAACAACAAGCUGUUAAAAAAGAUCAAUGGAAAUACCAUAGAUAUCAUUCAGGAUUGAACAGUGGUGGAAAAUUGGACGACAAGAAAAAACAAGAUAUUAUCAAGAAAGAGGAACGUUUUUACAGUAAGGAAAUGACCAAACACAGAAAAAUGUUGGAAAUGAAUCAACAACUCGUGAUGGAACCAGAAAGAAACUCCAUCCAAACUCGAGAGCAAGAAGAACAAGAGUUUCAUGCAAGAAAAGAGCAUGAAAGAAAAUUGAGAGAGAAGGGCUUACUUGGAUAUGAUCUUGAGCCAUUCCAGUAA